AUGGUUCGCUCACUGCUGAUCGCGGCCCUUGCCGCCUCCACCACGGCUCUGAGCAUCGCUCGGAAAGAAGCCCAGCAGCUCUAUACUAUAGAGCUUGCGCCCGGUGAGACCAGGGUUGUGACCGAGGCAGAGAAGUUCGCACUCAAGGCUGAGGGCAAGAACUUCUUCGAUAUCACUGACUACCAGGAGCUGUCGGACAUAGCUGCAUUCCGCGUCCAGGCAGAGCCAGCUGCCGUGACGUUCCCUGCAGCAGUGGCUCAGACUGCCGCCGUCAACGCGCUGCUGCCGUCGCUGAACAAGACCUUGAUGAAGACCAACCUCGAGACAUUCUCCAACUUCCAAAACCGCUACUACAAGUCAAGCUACGGCAAGGAGUCCUCCGCGUGGCUCGGCAACCUCGUCAACCAGACGAUUGCCAGCACCGGCGCCAAGGGUGUCACUGCCAAGUUCUUCCCCCACACCUGGGGCCAGAGCAGCAUCAUCGCCACGAUCCCUGGCAAGAGCGCGAAGACCAUCGUGCUCGGAGCUCACCAAGACUCCAUCAACCAGGCGAACCCGAUGAACGGACGUGCUCCUGGUGCUGACGACGAUGGAAGUGGCUCUGUCACGAUCCUCGAGGCCAUGCGUGUCCUCCUUAGCGACCCGAAGGUCGCCUCCGGCCAAGCUCCCCAGACGAUUGAGUUCCACUGGUACUCGGCUGAGGAGGGCGGUCUGCUCGGCAGCCAAGCCAUCUUCCAGAGCUACGCCAAGGCCGGCCGUGAUGUCAAGGCCAUGCUCCAGCAGGACAUGACUGGCUACGUCAAGCCUGGCAAGACCGAACAGAUGGGCAUCAUCACCGACAACGUUGACGUUCCCCUGACCAACUUCAUCAGAAAGGUCAUCAAGGCAUACGUCACAAUUCCCGUCGUUGACACCGAGUGCGGCUACGCUUGCUCCGACCACGCCUCUGCCACCAAGGCCGGCUACCCCGGCGCCAUGGUCUUCGAGUCUGCAUUCGAGGACCACUUGGCGAGCAUCCACACUGCUCAGGACACCAUGGCCAACGUCAACUUCGACCACGUGCUCCAGCACGCGCGCUUGAGUGUCGGAUCGGCGUACGAGCUCGGAUUUGCCUCCUUCUAG